AGAAGAAGAAGAAGAAGAAGAAACACACACAAGAUGGCGGCGACAGUCACAAAAACACUACUGACGGAUAAUGUGGUCUGAGGUAUGAACGGAGCGGGGGUUUGAGCUGAUUUUCCGAGAUGAAGAUGACAGAUAAGGGCGUCUGAAUCCCAUUGCUGUAAAUUUACUUCAGUUUAGUGAUGAUGUUAGGGACUGAAGGCCGGUUAGUUUUGUGAGCCUCAGGGUUUGGUUAUUUUUCGGAGAUAAACUCGUAAGGGUUGUGUUGGUUUAGUGUAGUAAAGAUGAGUUAUAUCCGGCGGAAUGAUAGUUUAGUGUUGUAAAGAUGAAUGAUACUCGAGAGUAAAGGCAGUCUGAUUCGGUUAGUGUUUGUGUUGGUUUAGUGAGGUAAAGAUGAAUGACACUCGUCGGCGUGUGAAGGUUUAUACACUGAAUGAGGACAGACAGUGGGAGGACAGAGGGACUGGACAUGUGGAUACUCUGAAGGGGACAUCACUCUCUGUCACUGCAGAAACUGAUGGGUCAGUUCUACUAGAGUCUAAAAUCAACACCAACACUGCAUAUCAGAAACAACAGGACACGCUCAUCGUCUGGUCUGAAGCAGAGAACUACGAUUUGGCUCUGAGUUUUCAGGAGAAAGCUGGCUGUGAUGAAAUCUGGGAGAAGAUCUGUCAGGUGCAAGGUAAAGAUCCGUCCAUGGAGAUCACUCAAGACCCUAUGGAUGAAUCCGAGGAGGAGCGCUUCGAGGAGAUGCCGGAGAGCAGUCACCUGGUGGAGCUUCCUCCCUGCGAGCCGAGCCGACUGGAGGAGAUCGCCGAACUUGUGACGUCCGUGCUGUCAUCACCCAUCCGCCGGGAGAAGCUGGCUCUGGCGCUUGCCAGCUCUGGUUACGUCAAGAAGUUGCUGCAGCUCUUCAGGACGUAUGAGGACUCGGAGCAUCGCGAAGCCCUUCAUCACCUGUACGAGAUUGUGCGCGGCUUGCUCUUCCUCAACAAAGCCACUCUGUUCGAGGUGAUGUUCUCGGACGACUGCAUCAUGGACGUGGUGGGCUGUUUGGAGUAUGACCCGGCGAUGGUCCAGCCCAAGAAACACCGGGAGUUCCUCACCAAAACGGCCAAAUUCAAAGAGGUGAUCCCCAUCACGGAUUCGGAGCUCCUGCAGAAGAUCCAUCAGACAUAUCGCGUGCAGUACAUCCAGGACAUCAUCCUGCCUACGCCGUCGGUGUUUGAGGAGAACUUCCUGUCCACGUUGUCCUCCUUCAUCUUCUUCAAUAAGGUGGAGAUCGUAAGCAUGCUACAGGAGGAUGAGAAGAUCCUGACGGAGGUGUUUGCUCAACUGACAGAUGAAUCCACAGAAGAGAACAAGAGGAGAGAGCUGGUCAACUUUUUUAAAGAGUUCUGUGCCUUCUCACAAACAUUACAACCCCAAAACAGGGACGCUUUCUUCAAAACACUGGCAAAUCUAGGAAUUUUACCUGCCUUGGAAAUUGUGAUGGGUAUGGAGGACGUGCAGGUGAAGGGCGCAGCUACAGACAUCUUCUCUUAUCUGGUGGAGUUCAGUCCGUCCAUGGUCAGAGAGUUUGUCAUGCAGGAGCCGCAGCAGGCUGAUGAUGAUGUUCUACUUAUUAAUGGGGUGAUAAAGCAGAUGAUUUGUGAUUCAGACCCGGAGCUGGGUGGUGCUGUGCAGCUCAUGGGUCUCCUGAGGACACUCAUCGACCCAGAGAACAUGCUCGCUCCAGCCAAUAAAACAGAGAAGAGUGAGUUUUUGACUUUCUUCUAUAAGUAUUGUAUGCAAGUGCUGACGGCGCCACUGCUCGCCAAUACUGCUGACGAGAUCACAGAUUUGAGUGAGGGAUCGACUAAAGUGAACCCUGUUUGUCCAGAUAACUUCCAAGCAGCGCAGCUUCUGGCUCUGAUCCUGGAGCUGCUGACAUUCUGUGUGGAGCACCACACGUACCACAUCAAGAACUUCAUCAUGACAAAAGACCUGCUGAGGAGAGUCCUCACACUUAUGAACUCCAAACACACAUUCCUGGCGCUGUGUGCCCUGCGCUUCAUGAGGAGAAUCAUUGGUCUGAAGGAUGAGUAUUAUAACCGCUACAUCAUGAAAGGAAAGCUAUUUGAUCCGGUCAUCAAUGCCCUGCUGGACAAUGGAACCAGAUACAACCUGCUGAACUCGGCCAUCAUCGAGCUCUUCGAAUUCAUUAAAGUGGAGGACAUCAAGUCUCUCACUGCUCACAUCGUUGAUAACUUCGACAAAGCGCUAGAGUCCAUUGAGUACGUGCAGACAUUCAAGGGUUUGAAGGGUCGAUACGAGCAGGAGAAGGAGCGACAGAGCCGAGGACUCAACAGGUAUCGCAGAGAUGCGCGCUCAUUUGAGGACGAUGAAGACAUGUGGCUGAAUGAAGAUGAGGAGGAGGUGGAGGAAACAGACGCAGGAUCAGACAAGAGCAACACUGAUUACGGGAAGUUCAUGGAGAAUGAGAAAGUGAAAGAGUGUCAAGACAAAGACAAAGAGAGUCAUGCCAAGCGGACGCCCACAGGCAGCUUUAAGUUCGCCUUCUCUCAGUCCACAGGAGCUGCCAACAGCUCCAAACCUCCACCAUCAGAUUCCUGCAGCAGCUCCAAACCACCUGCAGUGCCCUCCGGACACACCGCCAGGACUGGACCCAUGGGCCUCGUGGAUUACCCCGAUGAUGAGGAUGAAGAGGAGCAUGACGAAGAGGAACAGUCGCCACGGAAGCGGCCUCGUCUGGGCUCUUAAAGCGAUCUGUUCUUCUGUUUCCUGCUGUCUAACAGUACUGGCUCUGAAACGCACAAGCUCAGUGAGCCGAUCGCAGGGGCUGAUGGGCUAGCAGGACUAGCCGCAACACUGAUGUGUGCUCAGAGAGUGAGCGGGUGCUGGAAAACUGCUGUACAGUGUUCAUUUUUUCCUUUAAAUUAGUUGAUUUUUAAUCAGAGAUCCUGUCAGUGGGCCUUUUAUAAUCACACAUCCGUCUUUCAGGAUAAAGUUGCAAUUGCAAUGUUGGUUUUUACAACAAUAAACUGCAGUAACAUGAUGUUUUUGUGAAAGGGUUUGUGUUGCUCCUGUUGUGAAUGCAUUGUAGUAAAAUCGUUCUGCUCCGUGGACAUUUAAGAGUACUGAUCCAAGAUCAGCUUUUGGCCAUCCUGUGUUGAUGAAUAAGACCUGAAAGCUGAUUGGACCAGGAUGUUUUGAUUUAAAUACUAAAAGCUAUUUAGUUUUUUUUUCCCCUUCCUUUUGUACUAUUUCCUACUAACACCAUCUCUGAUAAUGAACAUUUGUAUUAUUUUAUUAUUAUCAGUUUUCAGAUUAAAUUUGGUCUUGCAAUUGAACAGUGUUAAUUAUUUGUGAUGGAUUUGAAUGAGAGAACUGUAGAGAGACUCAAAUCAAUAAUACACUCCAAAUUAUUAAUAUGCAAUUUUAAUCUGACUACUAAAUGGAUGAAAGGAAUCACAUAACUAGUCACUUCACUUAGUUAUAUUCCUAAAUAUUUUGACAAAUGUUUUUGUUUUUCCACUCAAAUAAUUCAUAAUGUCUAAUUUUCCUCCAUUGUUGCACAUUGGUUUCCGUGAUAAUGACAUACAUAUGAACUUGUGAAAAAUGUGUAGCCUGAGUAAUGUAUUUAAGUUCAUUGAAAGUCAGUAACUGUAAAGUGUUACACUACUUUUUGACCUAAAGUAGAUUACAGACACUGAUUUGUGUUCAGAUUACAGCCAGCAUGUGUCUCAUCCACACAUCUACUUUUCAUCUGAACAAGUUCAUGAACAUGAUCAUCAUCCAUGUGCUGGAGGAUCACAAGAGACCACUCUUUCAUCCCCUACAUGUGUCUAUAUGCUCAAUAACAAAAAGAGCCCACAAUAACAGUCGAUUUAGUUCUAAAUAUGAGAAAGUGCUGGCUGGUUCCGUGGCGUUGGGUGUGUUCAUGUACACAACCAUCUGCUCUCACAACACGUCUCAACAAUCAACAUUAUUGUCCAUUAGUUGCUGCAUAUGUUUAGACAGAUGAAACAACUGCAAUGAAAGCUGGAUUCCUGUCAAUCUGUGAAACACGAUUUUAGACUAACAUCUCGAAGGACAACAUUUAAAAUGAUUUGUUCAUAUAUCUGAUUUAUAACUGAGUUGGCCAGUAAAAAAUAAGAGCAGAAUAAAU